CGGCUCAUUACUGCAGCAGAAUAAGAGGGGGAGGUGGGCGCGAUGCAUUGUGGGGCGUGUAGUCCAAUAGAACCAUCACCACGGUUAAUGCUGGGGUGGCUUUGAACUACAACCCCCAGGCGUCAGUAGCAAGAGAAGCGCUGUUGGAGUAGAAGUAGCGUUUUGGACUAGAAUUUCUCCCCUUCAGUGGGAUUUUAGCGCAGCCAAGCGACCGAUCGGAGCUAGCGGUGAAAGCUCCAGGCUACCAGGCAACUUCAACUCUGGGCACGAUUGUUUUGCAGCUGUAAAGCCGGUGGUCUUAAAAGAUAAAGCGCAAGAACUGCGCCCCAAACCCCUUUAACUUGCGUUUCCACGAAUCUGGACUAUUAGUUAGGGGAGCUGUACUAGUAAUUACCAAUGCAAUUUAGCUAGACAUAUAUAUAGAGAGAGAUUUCUAGCCAGAUGCAGUUGUGACUUUUCAUAUGUUGGCGCUGAUUGUUGGAUCGGGAAGUUUGCCGAGUUCUGCUGGAUCGGGAUGUCAUCUUGUACAUCCGCUGGGGAUUCAGUUGAAGUGGGACCAUCUAUUUUUAUCCUCUCGGAUUCCUUUUUUUUUCUUGCUCAUGAUUGUUGAUGCCACAGAGACGUCCAGAGAGACAGAAGCAGAGAACUUUUCCGGAGAGGAUGAGGUUAUUGGAAAAUUGGUGAUCAGACGCCUAGAGAGGAAGCCUUUUUGCCAAGACUUGUUGGUUGACUGUCUCGUUGCUGGUGAUUGCACACACUUUCCUUUUCUUGUCAUGUCAGGGAUGGGGAGACUGAGUUGGUGGUGCCUGACGCUGAGCAGGGUCUGUCUGCUGAUCCCAUGUGCGCUGGUAUUAGCCAGGGUCCCCGGAUCGUCUUCACAUCCUCAGCCUUGUCAAAUAUUAAAAAGGAUCGGGCACACGGUGAGGAUCGGAGCCGUGCAGCUGCAGCCCUGGAGAACAAGGGGCAUCACAACCCAGUUGUCCCGAGUUUGGCCUGACAUUGACGCCGGACUUCAGAAGAUUGGCGCAGGUCGUGAUCAAGAUGCAGAUGAGGCUGAGGGGACGGAGGGGGAAAAUAGACUGAAGCAUAAAGUAAAGCGGGAAUUGGCCGGAACCACUUUGAAAAGAAAUACGAAUCAUGGUCCAAGGGGGUCUAUUGCUUACAGAGGUAGAGAUGAUCUGCUGUUUCCAAGAGAUGCUCUGCUUUUGGCAGUGGAAAACCUCAACCGGCUGCCAGGUCUUUUGCCCUAUAAUCUGUCCUUAGAAGUGGUGAUGGCCAUAGAAGCGGGUCUUGGAGAUCUGCCCAUGUUGCCAUUUUCAGCCUCCAGUUCUUCUUGGAGUAGCGACCCAGUGUCUUUUCUUCAAAGCGUCUGCCAUACAGUGGUGGUGCAAGGAGUCAGCGCAAUUCUGGCGUUUCCUCAAAACAAGAGGGAGAUGUUGGAACUAGAGUUCAUAUCCUCCGCUCUGCACAUCCCUGUGGUUAGUAUUGUGAGAAGUCAGUUUUCAAGGCGAAGUGAGAACCCACUUCACCUACAGCUUAGCAUUGAAAAUGCAUUAACUUCGAACGAUGAAGUGACUUUUUCAAUCUUAACCAUGAACAGCUGGUAUAAUUAUAGUAUACUGUUAUGUCAAGAAGAUUGGAAUAUAAGCGAUUUUCUCACGCUUACCCAAAACAAUUCAAAGUUUCAUCUUGGGCUAAUUAUAAACAUCACAGUUAACUUGACAUUAAGCAACUAUGUAAUUAGUAACCUCCAGCUAAACUUGGACAGUAUCAAGGAUACCACAUCUGCCAUUGUUAUGUUUGGAUGUGACAUGGAAGACACUAGAAGAAUUUUUGAAAUGGCCGCACAGUAUGGGAUCAUGUUGCCAGAUUUUCAUUGGAUAUUUGGAGAUUCUCAAAAUGUGGAAGAGCUCCGAACUGAAGGUUUGCCUUUGGGUCUUAUUGCUCAUGGGAAAACAACAGAAUCCUACUUUGAACAUUACGUACAAGAUGCAAUGGAAUUAAUUGCCAGAGCUGUUGCAACAGCUACAAUGGACAGACCUGAGCUUGCACUUAUUCCAAGCACAACAAAUUGCAUGAGUGCCAGCAGUACAAAUCUAACAUCUGGGCAGUACUUGUCAAGGUUUUUAAACAACACAACCUUUAGUGGCGUCAGUGGGCACAUCAAAGUGAAAGAGUACUCUAUUAUAAACUCAGAAAACCAUUACUUUAUUUGGAAUUUACAGCAUGAUCCGGUAGGAAAUCCAAUGUGGACACGACUUGGCAGCUGGAAAGAUGAAAAAAUCAUCAUGGAUUAUCCACUGUGGCCAGAUCAGGCACAGAGACACAAGAGUCAUUACCAGCAACCUGCAAGAUUACAUCUCAGGGUUGUGACACUAAUUGAACAUCCAUUUGUGUUUACAAGAAGUGUUGAUGAUGAUGGACAAUGCCCAGCAGGGCAGUUGUGUUUAGAUCCAAUGACAAACGAUUCCAAGGUACUUGACAGUCUAUUUGAGAGCCUGCAAGGUGGUAAUGAUUCUGUGCCAAUUGAGUUCAAAAAAUGCUGCUAUGGUUACUGCAUUGACCUGUUAGAGAAGUUGGCUGAAGAUAUGAAUUUUGACUUUGACUUGUAUAUCGUUGGUGAUGGAAAAUAUGGGGCAUGGAAAAAUGGCCACUGGACAGGUCUUGUGGGUGAUCUUCUUAGUGGAACAGCCCACCUCGCAGUGACAUCAUUUAGUAUUAAUACAGCUAGGAGCCAAGUAAUUGAUUUCACUAGUCCAUUCUUUUCAACUAGUUUGGGUAUUCUGGUAAGGACUAAGGAUACCGCUGCUCCAAUUGGAGCAUUUAUGUGGCCACUGCACUGGACAAUGUGGCUGGGAAUAUUUGUAUCUCUUCAUAUAACUGCAAUAUUUCUAACACUGUAUGAAUGGAAAAGCCCUUUUGGGAUGACACCAAAUGGAAGAAACAGAAGCAAAGUUUUCUCUUUCUCCUCUGCUUUAAAUGUAUGUUAUGCAUUACUAUUUGGCAGGACUGCAGCUAUCAAAACUCCAAAAUGCUGGACAGGGCGAUUCCUAAUGAACCUCUGGGCCAUUUUUUGCUUGUUUUGCUUGUCAACAUAUACUGCUAACUUAGCAGCUGUCAUGGUUGGGGAGAAAAUUUAUGAGGAACUUUCUGGCAUACAUGAUCCAAAGCUGCACCAUCCUUCCCAGGGAUUUCGGUUUGGUACAGUCAGAGAAAGUAGUGCCGAAGGUUAUGUGAAGAAAAGCUUUCCUGAGAUGCAUGAAUACAUGCGAAGAUAUAAUGCACCCUCAACAUCUGAAGGAGUAAAAUUUUUAAAAAAUGAUCCAGAGGCAUUGGAUGCUUUCAUUAUGGAUAAAGCCCUUCUGGAUUAUGAGGUAUCUAUAGAUGCCGAUUGCAAGUUACUGACGGUUGGCAAGCCAUUUGCAAUUGAAGGUUAUGGCAUUGGGCUUCCCCCAAACUCUCCUUUGACAUCCAAUAUCUCAGAAUUGGUCAGCCAGUAUAAGUCAAGUGGAUUUAUGGAUAGCCUUCAUGACAAGUGGUAUAAAGUAGUUCCUUGUGGAAAAAGAAGUUUUGCAGUUACAGAGACUCUGCAAAUGGGCAUAACACAUUUCUCUGGGCUGUUUGUAAUGCUGUGCAUAGGAUUCGGCGUAUCUAUUCUCACAACCAUUGGAGAACAUAUUGUAUUCAGAUUGGUCCUACCAAGAAUUAAAAAGAAAUCAAAACUAAAAUACUGGCUGCACACUAGUCAGCGUCUUCACAGAGCUCUGAAUACAUCAUUCAACGAGGAAAAAUUUCAACAGAAAGUAAAACGCCUGGAGAAAAGGUGCAAUGCAGGAAACAGUCAAGAGCGUGUAUGGAACACAUCUAACCAAGCCGGCUGUAAUAGAAGGAAAUAUAUUUAUAAAGAAGCACACAAUGAAUUAAGUUUUAGGCACCAACAAGAUCUACCUUUGCCUCAGCUGAGACGAGAAACUCCAAAGCUACUGACAACAAAUGGCAAGGCCGAAUCCCUAAACAUUUCUAGGAACUCAGUGGUGAAAGAAUUAUCAGAGCUGGAAAAACAGAUUCAAGCUAUUAAGCAAGAAUUGCAAAUAGCCAUGAACAGAAAACAUGAACUGGAAGAGUACCAGAGGACAAACAGGACUUCUAAAUCUUAGGAGACAUCUACUUCUUAUUAAUACAGAACAUUUAUUAUCAGCAGUCGUGUUAAGAACAGAAAGUGCGUGGCCAUUGGACACGCUAAUUCGCAGCAUUUCCUACUUUCUGAUUCCUAAAUAGAUUUGUUUGUCUUUUUGUAAAAUCUAACCUGUAUUUCUCUUGUCUACAGUAUGUGAGCUGUUAGCAGUAUGGAAAUGUGACCUUGGACUCUUUUAAAACCCAGAACCACACUUGCCCUCUUAUCCGUUUUAUGACAUUAAACGAAGGUUUUCACUUCUGAGCCCCUUAAUGUGCAUUAAUAAAACUAAAAUGAUUUUGAA